UAUAUACACGCUCCCCCUCGCAAUCUCAAGCACUCACAACAUUUCAGCCGAACUUCUCAAAACACAAAAAACAGGCCAAUACCCACCGCCUCGCCAAACUCUGAAAGUUCAAAACUCAGAAGCUCAAGCAGAGGAGAAGAGAAUGGGAAGAUCGAGAGACGCUGAGGCCGAGCUCAACCUCCCACCGGGAUUCCGGUUCCACCCCACCGACGAGGAGCUCGUCGUCCAUUACCUCUGCCGGAAAGCCACCUACCAACGCCUCCCCGCCCCCAUCAUCGCAGAGGUUGACCUCUACAAGUUCAAUCCCUGGGAUUUACCAGAGAAGGCAUUGUUCGGACAAAGGGAAUGGUACUUCUUCACCCCGAGGGACCGGAAAUACCCUAACGGGUCCCGCCCCAACCGGGCAGCCGGCCAAGGAUACUGGAAGGCAACCGGCGCCGACAAGCCGGUCUCGCCAGCUGGCAGCAAGAAGCCCCUUGGGAUCAAGAAAGCCUUGGUUUUCUACUCCGGAAAGGCGCCUAGAGGCAUCAAGACCGACUGGAUCAUGCACGAGUAUAGACUCGCCGAUACCAAUCGAUCCGCUAACAAGAAAGGCAGCCUUAGGUUGGAUGAUUGGGUUCUUUGCCGAUUAUACAACAAGAAGAACAACUGGGAGAAGAUGCAGAAGCAGAAGGAGCAAUCAUCGUCCUUUGGCGAGACGAUAGAUUCUUUAGAAGCAGCUGAUGACGCGAUAUCAGAAAGCAUUAGGUCGGAUAUUGAAAAUGAUGUGUUCCCCCCUCAAGUGUAUCAGUCUCAAAUGUCACAGGUGAAUGAGCAGCCACAAAUGAAGAAGGAAGACAGUGAUUGGUUCAUGGAUUUGAAUCUGGAUGACUUGCAGAGUUCUUUUGGUGCUUUUGGUUCCUCAGCUACUGGGUUUGAUAUAUCGAACCAGGAUUACUUCAUGCAGGUGCUUGGGUCGCCAAUGAUGAAGACAAGCCAGAACAACCUGCCACCCUUUUGAAGAUUAGCGUUAGAGCUAGGACCCUUGAUGUACAUAGUACAUAGAAUUAUUAGUAGAGAAUGUAGUACAUGAUAAAAAGAGCAAAGAGGGAAGAAAAGAAUAUUCUGUGAAUUUUCAACGUAGGAUUCUUUUGUUUAUUUCUAUCUAUUUUCUAUGUGAAACAUAAGCAAGUAUUGAUGAACAAUGGAAUGGAAAUUUGGUGUACAUAAAUGAGUACAUGCUUCAGUAAAUUA